AGUGAGAUCUCGUUGUUUGUUUACAACCCGAGAACUUCCUGUCUGAUGAGAGUAGCAUUUUGUUUUUUUGUGUGUGACUGUUUGAGCUAACUAGUUAGAAGCGAGCUUUCAAGAUGGGUUGUGAUGGUGGCACGAUUCCCAAAAGACACGAGUUGGUGAAAGGGCCCAAGAAAAUCGAGAAGGUUGAUAAAAAUGCUGAACUGGCUGCCAAAUGGAAGUACUGUGCAUUGAGUCAAGAGAAACUUAGACGACCCAUCGUCUCCUGUGAACUGGGAAGACUGUACAACAAAGAUGCUGUCAUUGAGUAUCUCCUGGAUAAGUCGGCUGAGAGACCCAAUGCUGAGGCUGUAACACACAUCCGUGGGAUCAAGGAUAUAAAGGAGCUGAACUUGACUGAUAAUCCUGAAUGGGAAGGAGAAAGAAGAAAUACAAAGGGAGACAGAUAUGAAGACAUUCAUUGUGGCAUGUUUAUUUGCCCUGUAGUUGGGUUGGAAAUGAAUGGCAAACACCGGUUCUGUUACCUCCAGACUUGUGGCUGUGUCUUUUCAGACAGGGCCUUGAAGGAAGUCAAGACAGAAAUCUGCCACAAGUGUGGGGAUCCAUUUAAAGAUGACGAUAUUGUUGUGCUCAAUGGCAACAAGGAGGAGGUGGACAAGCUGAGGGAGAAGAUGGAAGAGAAGCGGGCCAAAGCUAAAACUAAGAAAUCAAAGAAGAGUAAAGCAACUGAAACGGUGUCAACAUCAGAAUCAAAAGACGGCACAGUGUCUCCUCCCACUGAUAUAGCAGGAACAAGCUCGCAACAAAAUGGUGGUGACAGCAGCCAGUCAGCUGUGGCUGGACCCUCUGGAUCUUCCAGCUCGUCUAAAGCGACCAAGUCUUCAUCAGCCUCUGCUACAAAGAGGUCCAUCCAGGAAAUGAACGAAAAGUCAGAGGCUUUUAAGUCUUUGUUCACAACCCACAGUUCUGCCAAGCGCACUAAAGAUCAGACAUCCAACUGGGUCACCCACACCCCUUAUCACUUCUAAUAACUACUAAAGUGCAUAGAUCACAGUUUCUAGAUCUUUCCAGAAAUAUUAGCAUAUUAAAAUAAAUCUUGCUGUGCAUACCAAGCACACACACCAACCCUACAUGACCUCAGAUAUUGACAGCGAUAUGUGGGCUAAUUCCCAAUUUCUCUCUCCAGUUCCCAGUAGCUCAGUGUUUACAUGUUGUGAACAUUUAGUUGCGGCUCCCUAAGGGGUUCUGAGUGUGUGCUUUGUAACUUAAUUCCUCCCCAUGGAUUCCCUCACAACCUCUUUGUUCUCAGUCACAGGUGCUUGAGGAAUUAAUACUAGGAAUGCUAGGAUGACUGUAUUACAGUGGCACUCUGCUUCCCCCUAAUGGGCAGAAAAUAGCUUUUUAAUGUGCUCACAGGAUUGCUGCAUUUAUUUUAGUCCUUAGUUAUGAUAAGAAAAAUGAAAAAAGACAAACUGCCCUGCAUUUGAAAAGGCAGAUCCUCAGUAAUUAGUAUCUCCAGAUUUUCCUUCCUCACAAAAUCUAGUUGUAUGUGCCUGGUAGCUAUUUAUUUUGGCUUUUUUUUAACAGGUGUAGCAGGUGACUUUCACUCACUUUUGUUCUUUUAAUUAGUUAUUUCUCAAUUGUUCUUUGAAACGGGGGGAAAACUAAAGCAUUUGGUGUAUUUGACUCCUCUGAUUUGCAAAAUAACCACCACAUCCAGACCAACAGCUUUAAUGCGAUUGGGGAAAUAUACUCAAUAACUAAUGCUUUUUUUGUUUUUGUGCAUUUUUGUCUGGACUUUAAUGGAAGACCUUUAAAAUAAAAAGUUACAUUGUAUUAUUGUCUCCAAUUGAAUUCAUAUUGAGGUUAAAUGUGCUUGUAUAGACAGUCAGUACAUUUACAACAUUUACAAAGAAAUAAAAAAAUGCUUUGUUCUUCCUUUUUGCUUUUUUUUUUUGUAUCAAGCAAUGCCACAAUAAAUUUCUAUUCACAGUA